AUGUCCUCAGCAACAAGCUCGCCGAUUGCAGCGAAACCAGCACAGGCUCAGGACUUCUGGGUGUUGCCAUCAACGCCCAUUCCAGCACAGACUAUCUUCUUUCCUGCCGCAGAUCAGAUUGGUAUCAACACUUUGAUCCCGGAUCUGUUGUGUUUUAAAACGACUCCCGAAUUCGACGAGGCACGCUUCAUCGAAGCCUUCAAGAAAGCUACGGCUGGCACGGUAUCUGAAAUCCCCGCGCUCGCCGGUCGUGUCGUUUACGAAGAUGAGACGUGCAAAACCAUCAAGUGUGUCAUUGAGGACAAUGACAAAGUUCUGGUCCGAUUGAACUGGAUGCCACAUCUGGACGCCAGCGAACUGGAAGCCCAACACUGGCCAUCUUACUACUUCCCACGCGGUGAGGUCUCCGUAACAAAGGCCCCAAUGUCUGGCGUCGGGACCUUCAAUUUUGGAAUCCAGGCCAACUUCUUCAAAGGUGGUCUUCUCAUUGUGAUUACCAUGAACCACUUGAUUCUGGAUGGAUCAUCAAUUGGCGAUCUGGAACUCAUCUUCGCCCAUCAUCUCUCGCGAGCUCUCGACGGCAAUGCCUCCAAGCCCUCCGGACUCCUCCCUCCAGCCGCAUUGGACAAGUCGGUGAUGUGGGGAUCCAAGAAUGCACGACCACUCCUCGAAUGGAAGGAUUGGCGUAAAGCACCUCCAAUGGUCGCACAUUCCGAGGAAGCAAUGGCUGCAUUCUUCGCACGAUUCGCAAAGUUGACCACAUCGGUCUGGUAUCUGUCUCCUGAGAAACAGGCGCAGCUGCGAGCUGCCUCGCAGAAACCAGGGCAGAAACUUUCCGUGCAUCUAUGCUUCUCAACCUGGCUUUGGGGAGUUUUCACUCGUGCCCGAGGACUCAGUCCCGACACGCUGACCCGCAACUUCACCGUCGCUCAGACUCGAGGACGCGUCAAGGUUUUACAUCCCAACCACUGCGGUAAUGCUCUAGUCUACGGACGAGCCAAGGCCACUGCAUCCGAAUUGAGAACUUUGAGCACAGACGUCAUAGCCGAUCGAAUUGCGAAAAGUGUAUCCUGGUGGACAGAAGAGCGCAUCCGAGAGCAAUGGGGUUCCAUCGAAGCCCAUCUCAAAAACGAACCCAUCACCACCGUCCAAGCCAACAUGGACCGAGAUUUCGGCACAGAUGUCGAGUUCAGCAACGUCACGCACAAUCCACUCUACAAAGUCGCUUGGGGUCGUGGAAUUGAACUGGCGAGAAAGCGACCAGUGGAGACGUCUUUUGCGGAUGGAUAUCUCAUCAUGUUCCCCAAGACCAAGGAUGGUGGGUUUGAAAUUGUCGUGUAUGCGGAAACUGAGACGUUGAAGAAAAUGGCUGCKGAUCCGAAGUUUAGGGAGUAUGCUGAGUAUCGGACGGCUUGUAACCCGGCGCAUGAUGAACUUAUUAGGGGCAUCGUUGUUGGGAAGUCUCGGUUGUGA